CGUGGCUUUGGACUUCUCAUGGGCAAUACUAGAAACUAGAAUAUGGUGGAGCAAUGCCUUCAAAAUUCUGAAGGAAAACUGUUUCCAUCCUGUUUAACUGUAUUCAUCCAAACAGUUAAAGGGAAAUAUUGAAUAAAGACAUUUCCCAGACACAAUUAGAUUAGGUUUUACUGAGGUGGCCCUCCAACCUCAGUAUCUUGAAAAAAGUUUAUUUUUUGCUCAAAUUACAGACAGUUGUGGCUCCUCAGCAAAUCGCCAGGGGCAGUAAUCUACUCCACAAUGUCUCAGAAAUUUACCUCCCACAGAACCUUUUUCAGGAAGUCACUCAAGGAGGUGUUCCUCUAAAAUGGAAUGAAUCAAGAAAGACGAAGACAUGGGAUAUAGGAAGUGGAUACCUAACAUAGGAGACAGCAGGAAGGAAUCCCCAGGAUGGUGGUGAAGGGGGAACUCAGAUGACAGCUGUGCCGCAGGGAUGGAGCCACCAGACCAGACCAGAGGAGUCAUGUGGCUGGAAAUACUCCUCGCCUCAGUGCUGGGCUUUGUCAUCUACUGGUUCGUCUCCAAGGACAAGGAGGAAACUUUGCCACUUGAAGAUGGAUGGUGGGGGCCCGGGGUGAGGCCCACAGCUGGGGAGGACGAGAGCAUCCGCCCAUUCAAGGUGGAAACGUCAGAUGAGGAGAUCAAUGGUUUGGAACUGUCUUCUGGAAACAAACUUUCUCUUGUGCUCUGCCUCAUUCACCUUCUCUACUUGGGGUCCUGCAUUUUGCUCCAGGAUUUACACCAGAGGAUUGACAAGGUCCGUUUAAGCCCACCUUUGGAGGACAGCCGCUUCCACUACGGUUUCAACUCCAACUAUCUGAAGAAAGUCAUCUCCUACUGGCGGAAUGAAUUUGACUGGAGGAAGCAGGUGGAGAGUCUUAACAGAUAUCCUCACUUCAAGACUAAGAUUGAAGGCCUGGACAUCCACUUCAUCCACGUGAAGCCCCCCCAGCUGCCCUCCGGCCAGACCCCAAAGCCCUUGCUGAUGGUGCAUGGCUGGCCUGGCUCCUUCUACGAGUUUUAUAAGAUCAUCCCGUUCCUGACUGACCCCAAGAACCAUGGCCUGAGCGAUGAGCAUGUUUUUGAAGUCAUCUGUCCAUCCAUUCCUGGCUACGGCUUCUCAGAGGCAUCUUCCAAGAAGGGCUUCGACUCAGUGGCCACUGCCAGGAUCUUUUAUAAGCUGAUGCUGCGGCUGGGCUUCCAGCAAUUCUAUAUUCAAGGCGGAGACUGGGGAGCCCUGAUCUGCACCAACAUGGCCCAGCUGGUGCCCAGCCACGUGAAAGGCCUGCACUUGAACAUGGCAUUCAUUUUAAGAAAUUUCUACACCCUGACCCUUCUCCUGGGACGGCGUUUUGGGAGGCUUUUUGGCUACACCAAGAGGGAUAUGGAGCUGAUGUACUCCUUAAAGAAGAUCUUCUUCAACUUAUUGAGGGAGAGCGGCUACCUGCACAUCCAGAGUACCAAGCCGGACACCGUAGGCUGUGCUCUGAAUGACUCUCCCGUGGGACUGGCUGCCUAUAUUCUAGAGAAGUUUUCUACCUGGACCAAUCCAGAGUUCCGAGACCUGGAGGAUGGAGGCCUGGAGAGGAAGUUCUCCCUGGACGAUCUGCUGACGGGCGUGAUGCUCUACUGGACGACAGGCACCAUCACCUCCUCCCAGCGCUUCUACAAAGAGAACAUGAGGCUGGACAAUAGGCACGAGGGGAUAAAGGUCCACGUGCCCAUGGGCUUUGCUGCCUUCCCUUGUGAGGUAAUGCACGUCCCAGAAAAGUGGGUGACGUCCAAAUACCCGAAACUCAUCUCUUAUUCCUACAUGCCCCGCGGGGGCCACUUUGCUGCCUUUGAGGAGCCAGAGCUGCUCGCCCAGGACAUCCACAAGUUCGUGGGGCUGCUGGAGCGGCAGUGACCCCGGCGGGGGCCGGCUGUCACCUCGCAGGCAGCCCCUGCCCUGGCAUGGCAGGCUUCCUCCCGACACCCACUGUUUUCCCCGGAAGCCCCCGGUCUCCCAGCCCAGCUCCCAGUAGAAGUGAGGCUGGCAGGGAGGCCCCCUCCCAGUCCUCUGUUGGCGGAGUUGCCCCUUUCCCCAGGAAUGUGCUUGCUUCCAUCCCCUGCCCGUGCUGGGACCCCGUGCUCACCCCUCCACACACACUCCCCACACACUUUGUUAAGCAACAUGGCUUUGAUGAUAAAUGAUUUUCCUUCUAA